AUUAAGAUCAAGAACGAGAUGGACCCGAGCCUCACAUUCAGACGCUCGUGUCGAGAGGGCAUAUGUGGCUCUUGUGCUAUGAAUAUCGGCGGCACAAAUACAUUGGCGUGUAUUUGCAAAAUCGAUGACAACACGAGUAAUGCAACCAAAAUCUAUCCGUUGCCGCACUUAUAUGUGAUCAAGGAUUUAGUGCCAGAUAUGAAUAACUUCUACAAACAAUACCAAUCAAUUCAGCCGUGGCUUCAGAGCAACAACGAGACCAAAGGUGUGCACAAACAAAACCUGCAAAGCAUUAAAGAUAGGGAUAAAUUGGACGGAUUGUAUGAAUGCAUUUUGUGCGCCUGUUGUUCCACAUCGUGUCCGAGUUAUUGGUGGAAUAGUGACCGCUAUUUGGGUCCCGCGGCUCUCAUGCAGGCCUAUCGUUGGGUCAUUGAUUCACGCGAUGACAAAACACAGGAGCGUUUAGAUCGGCUAAAAGAUCCGUUUUCGUUGUAUCGCUGCCACACUAUAAUGAACUGCACGAAAACGUGUCCUAAACAUCUCAAUCCCGGCAAAGCUAUCGGAGAACUCAAAAAGUUGGCCUCCGGUUGGACUCAGAAGGAGAAACCGGAAAUGAGUGGUCAGGCCUGAGCACUGGUCACACCAUUACAGUAUUAGUUCUAGUGAUUGUUAACAAAAUAUGUCUUAAACUGGAAUUAAUUGUAAGAUUUAUUAGUAAUUUAGAUAAGAAUUCACUUAAUUUAACAAAAAUAAAUUUUAAAAUUCAAAUUUCAUGAGUGAAUGACCGGCC